AUGAAAGAUGAUAUAUGUUCAAAAUUUGAUCUUUUGAGGAAGUAUUUACCCGAUGAAUUAAAUGUAAACGCAGAAAUUGAUCUAGAAAAUAUUAGUAAUUAUAGUAAUUAUUGCCCUGGUAAAGACUGUAAUACUGAACUCGAAAAAAUUACGAUUGGAUUUUUAUGGUUACUUGGACAAUAUUUUGAUAAAUACCCCAAUAAAGGUAAUACUAUAAAUAGUACUAAACCGUUUUUUCUAUAUAUUAUUUUAUGGUUAAGUUACAAAUUAAAUCAAAAUUCAGACUCCAAACCCACCAAAAUAUACGAUUUUUAUACUAAAAAUGUAAUUGGUAAUAGUAAAUAUAGUAAAUUUAUAGAAGAUUCCAGCAGAUUUACAGACAUUAAGGGAUUCAUAGAUAAACAAAAAGAUUUUAUGAAUAUUAAUAUUGAAGAUUUGUCUAAACUUUAUGAUGCAUUUAAACUAUUAUGUAGUAUGUAUGAUAAUCGUGAAGUGAAUACAGAUGGCAACAUGCUGUUAAAUAAGGCAAAUACAUUUGUUAAAAAAUAUCAAGAACUUAAUGAAUAUUCUAAUAAUACUGAUGACAAUUCAUAUAAACAAUUAUUGUUUGCUUUAUCAACUGAUUAUGGUAAUUUAAAAAAUAAAAGUACCAAUAUUACAUCUCUUCCAGAGAUAACAGAAAAUGUUUCUGCGCUAAUAUCUGGAGAUACAUCAAGUUCGUCGAUAGGAAACAAAUUAUUUACAGUUUUAUCGAUAUUUGGUGCAAUAGCAUUUUUUUUAGGAAUUUCUUAUAAGUAUUCGUUAUUUGGAUUUCGGAAACGAGCUCAAAAACAAUAUUUAAGAGAAAAAAUAAAAAAAAUAAAGAAGAAAAUGAAUCAUUAA